AGGUUAUGUUUGUAAACUUGUCAAAUUUUCGAAAGAAAGGGUUAGGAAUUUAGGGUCCAGUGUCGUCCAGGUGUGAAUUUUAUUAAAAAAAAGUUUAAGUGAUGUCGGUUUCGAACGGAUUUUUACCAUGUGAAGAUAGCUCCACUGUUUUUACAGAGCUGAAGGAAACAUUUCCUUCAUAUGCCAGCGAAAAACUGAAAACAAUGGAAUUAAUGGAAGGUUCACAAGGAGUUGUAAAAGUUAUAGAACGGUUCGGUAAAGUUUUUGCACCGGUAGUAUUUGACAUGAAUAGAAAUAUCGACAAAAUAAACGCAAAAUAUAAAACCGAUGAACAAAUUUUCGAAUAUAUUGAGGAUAUGGUAUUGGCAGAAAAGCGUAAUGAUGGUAUGCUUGUUACGGAUGCUUUACAAUGGUUGAGACGGGCUUUGCAUUUCAUAUCGAGGUUAUUCCAUCAUAUCCUGGAUAACCAUGACCACGGUUCUAUUUCUUCAGAUUUAACCCCACUACUGAAACGAGCUUAUUCUGAAACACUAGAACCAUACCAUGGUUGGUUAGGAACACAAUUAUUCAAUGUGAUGUCGAAAUUUGCUCCAACAAUUCACUGCCUUUACUACACCCUUGCUUUAGACAAGCAUAAUAAAGUUGAACACGUUAUCAGAGAUAUGAGAAUUCUUACAGAGAAAAUUGAAAGUUGUGUUGAGAAACUUAAAAAAUUCUACGAGGAUAAUAAUCUUGAGACUCAUUAUAGAGCGUGAUCUCUUAUAAAUAUGGCUGUAAUAUUUGUAUUAUGGAUUAUUUGAGAGUAUAUAUUAUAUAAAUUGA